GUUUUCAAGCUGCAAGAGUUGAGCGGUCAUGGCACGCAUCUCUUCAAUCAGCCCAAGCUCAGCACAUGGGUCUCCUACGUGACUAAGCUAGAAGGGAAGGAUGCGGACGAGGAAAUGUACAAAAUGCUUCGAGCAUCAUACGGUGACGACGAGCUGGCUACGAUCUUGCUGGUUGGAUCGAAACAACACUGCACGGGUAAGGCUGCUAAGAGGCUGGAAGCGGUACAGCAGAAGGUUUGGCUGGGCGAGAGGAAAACUGCGAAUGCAGUGUUCACCCCGCUGAAGCUCAACGCCCAAGGUGACAAGAUCUUUGAGAGCCCGGCGUUUAGUUCCUGGGUCGACUACAUGACGAAGCUGAGUCCAGAGAAGGCAGGCGAGCUGAUGCUAUCGACGCUGAAGGUGAAUUGCAAGGAUGAAGCUCUCGUUAAUAUGCUCAUGAAGGCGAAGAAAGAUGCCAGUUCGUGCGUCAUUGCUGGUAAAUUGGAGGCGAUACAGCUGGACAAGUGGCUGAAGGAGGAUAAAUCCGCGCAUGCGGUCUUAAAACUGUUA